AUGUCGGACUAUAAUUACAAUGGCGAGGAGGAACAAAAUCAAGGUGUCGAAAAAUUUCGAAUCAUAAACAUAAGUUUUUUGAGAUGAUUACGGUUACGGUGGCGGUGAUGACUACGGUGAUCAGGAUCAAUGCUAUGGCGACCAGGGAUACGGUGGUGAAGAUUACGGUGGCCAAGACCACAGUGCCCAGGAUUACGGUCAGGAAGACGGUGGUCAAGACUACGACUAUGAAGAUCCACCAGAAGAAGACCAAGAUCCACCGGAAAAUGAAGACGAACAGGAAGAAGAGCAGCACGGUAGUCUAUAGUCUGAGCAAUUAAUGGCGUCAUUACUAGAUGAUAACAAUGACGUCACCGAGGAGCAUGAUGAAGAAGAAAAGGAGGAACAAGAUAACCAAGAAGAGGAAAACGAUGGACCAGUGCGUACUGUAUGAGGAUUACGGUAGUGUUUGAGUUCAGGAAGAAGCGACCAGCGCCGCGGUGACCAACUCCGCAGAAGAUACGGCUGAGAAUCACGGAUUCGGAACUCUGGUCAAAGGUGACGUCAUUUUCGUUACAAUGACGUCAUGAAUUUCAUUUUUUUCAGGAGCUUUGGAUGGAUUUGGAGGCGGUGGAAUCGAUGGCGUCAUUGGGCAGAUUGGGCAACUUGUUGGUGGCGAGGGGGGACAAGGUUUUUUUUCUGGUUUGGUUAUUGUAGCUAGAAAAUUACCCUGGGUAUUGUAGAUUUCUGUCUAUGAAGUAUGAAUGAUAAAAAAAAACUUAACUGGCGAAAAAAUCGUAUAUUUUGGAUCCAGUCUCUAUUCUAUUCAUUUUUUCUUUUCAAUUUCUGAUAGGGUUCAUUGUGUUCAGGCUUGACGAACAUGUUCUCAUCGGGUGGAAUGGAAGGAAUGUUGGAGAAUUUGAUCGGAAGCGCCGCUCAUCGGUUCUUCAACAUCGACCCUGUAAUAUUUCCAAAAAUUAUUGAAAUUCUGAGCUUCGUUUUUGAGAAAAAGGUCAAUCAGAUGUUACGGUUUCGGUCCGAAGGUUAUACAGGAAAUUAGGAAUUUUUUUAUUUCUUCUUGAAUCAAUUCAUGAACUUUCAAGACUCAUUAGGAAUUUAAAAAUAUCGACUCAUCAUUUUUGGGACAAAUUAGUCUUCAAAACCUCAUAACUCGGCUCACAAUGCUCAUUCCCCGGUCAGACCGCCCGUGAAGUCUUCUAGAGCUUCAGUAGUGGUACCGCCCUAUGAAGCCUCUUCAGUAGUGGAACUCCCUCUGCUUCAGUAGUGGUACCCCCGGGAACCCUCAAGACCCACUAGGAACCUAGAAAUUUCGAUUUUUCGGUUUGUAUUAGUCAAGUUAACUAUUCAAAAUUCCAAAAAACCAUUUCCACUUCUUCGAUCGAAAUUUCGACUACCCUAGAAAUUUCAUUGCUUGAUUAACCUUGUGUGGACCCAAACCGGCGACCCUGCGGAGGCUAGAAAUAAGUCUGUCACGCUUUUUCUGAAAAAAGGCUUACUCCACCCUUUGGAAACCAGUUGGAGUUUGAACUAUUUGCAUCAUUUAGAACUAUCAGGAAUAAUAGUUAUUCAUUCAGCAAAAAUUGAGCUUUUCAGAGCACCGGGGCGAUCAUCGGAGCCAUCGCAGGUAAUCUCAUUUUCAACAUGGGCGGUCGUCAUAACUCUUUGAGUUCCAUUGGAAAAGUCAUUCUCGACAAUCUCAUCAGCGGCAAAUUUCGACGGGAUGUGAGACCUUUUUUUGAUGAAUUCAAUGACUUUAAUGAAAAAUUGUGAAUUAACUAAUUAACAGAAAUUUGCACAUCUCCAUGACGUCAUUCAGAUACAACCAUUCUCUCCGCCUACCGGAAACUACGCCGGCGACUUCACUCUCGAUUUCGCGACGGAACGUCAACGUUGCCUGGACCAGAAAAUUCUGUUUGAGGUCGCCCUCUACAUUAUCUCCGAAAAGAAAUGGAAAUUUCGCUUCAGGACCCACAAUUCCCAGCGGCCGACCGGAGCCUGUACUACAAGACCCCGCCAGAUGGCGACGUUGUGUGGCGACGGCCUGGGGUAAAUAUAAAAUUCGAAACUUUCCUUGAGUCUCAUCCUGUUUCAUUAUCGUUAACCGGAAAAAUGUUCGAAAUGAAAAAAACAAAUUUAUUUUUGAAGAAAAAAAAAACAAUUCCAAAAAGGGAUAACUCUGGUGAAUGACAUAAUAUUCAGGAAAUCGUGAAUGACCCGCAACUGAUCGUCGGCGACAAAUCGCGGUUCGACGUCAAACAAGGAGCCCUGGGCGAUUGUUGGCUCCUCGCCGCCAUCGCCAACUUGACCCUCAGGGACGAACUCUUCUACAGAGUCGUGCCGCCGGAUCAGUCGUUCACCGAAAAUUAUGCAGGUCUUUAGAGGAUAUUUAAACAAUUUCUGUCUACUUAUAAAGUUAUAUUUCAUUAAAAAGAGAUUUUCUUAUAAAGGAAAGACUUUUGGACAAUAUCCUGUACAUAAUCGGACAAAAAAAACCCCCACAGUUAACGCAAACUUUUGAAUUAGAUGUUUCACUGUCACCUAAAGAUGAAAUUCCCAAACAUGCCUUUUAGGAAUAUUUCAUUUCCAAUUCUGGCGCUACGGUCGCUGGGUUGACGUCGUCAUCGACGACCGACUGCCGACCAUCGACGGAAAACUGUGUUAUAUGCGCUCCAACGAACACAAUGAGUUCUGGAGCGCCUUGCUCGAGAAGGCCUACGCCAAGUGAAGCGCUUGGUCUUGUAAUUUGAAAAAGAAAUGAUUUCAGAGUUUAUGGAAGCUAUGAGAGUCUGGAGGGCGGUACCACUACUGAAGCUCUGGAAGACUUUACGGGCGGUCUGACCGAGUUCUUCGACCUCAGGAAGGCCGACAAGGCGACGAUUUUGGCGACGAUGGUCCGUGGCAUGCAGAUGGGCUCCUUGUUUGGCUGUAGUAUUGAUGUGAGUUCAGAUAAUGGUGUUUGAAAUCUUCUAAGAACAGCGAGAAAGGGCAGAAUAGCUUUGGUUAGAAUCAAAAAUCAGCCAUAGACAGAAUAGCCUAGAAGAAAACAGCUCAGAAGAUGAGCCGCAACAGGCGAUAAUGUCCGAGGAAAUUGUGCUCCACGGAUAAUCAAAAAGUACAACUCAAAUUUCUUCUUUUUUCAUAAAUUUGAAUAUUUUUGCCUCCAGGCCGACGCCAACGUCAAGGAGGCUCAACUCCAGAAUGGCCUCGUCCGAGGCCACGCCUACAGUAUCACCUCCCUUCACACUGUCAACGGAAUCCCUCUGAUUCGGCUCAGAAAUCCAUGGGGUAAUAGUAAGGUGGGAUGAAAGGGAUGAACUGAAAGAUGAAGUCGUGAAUUGGAGGAAUGGAACGGCGCCUGGAGCGAUGGAAGUCCUGAGUGGGACUCGGUCGACAGCGAGACCAAGCAUUCGAUGGGCGUGGCCUUCGCCAAUGACGGAGAGUUUUGGUGAGUUUUCUGGCACACCUGAGAGGAGGACGACAUGAUUUUGUUUGUUUUUCACUGGUUUUUCGAAUUUUUUUCCGAACAUUCUUAACUAUGCUAGCUAAGCCCAAAAUGUAUUCAUCACUUUUAAAAAUUUUUUUCUUAAUUCGGGCUCUCGAAAAAAAUCAAGAUUUUCGUUUCAUUUGACCGAUUGCGACGCAGCGCGUUGAAAAAACUCAACACUUUUUUUCGAAAAAAAAACUUUGGUUAGCUUUUUCUGAGUUUAUCUUGAAGCUUUUUUUCUAAUUUUGUAAUUUUUUUGAAGAUGUCUAAUCAAGGCGUUUUUUUCUCACUGUUGCCCAGAAAGAAAAGUUUUUUCCAGGAUGUCUUUUGAUGACUUCCUCACCAAUUACACGCAAAUGGAGGUGUGCAACUUGUCGGCGUCCGUGAUGGACGAAAUCUCUGAAAUGACCGGGGUAAACAUUUGGGAAUUUUGUCUGCGCCUUGUUCAGCAAUGCCUUGGAACAAUAUUUAAAGUGGUUUAGGAAAAAAAAGGGAUUUACACGGUUUCUUUAGCCAUUUUAUCCUAAGCCAGCGAUGAAUGAACUGAAAGUCGUUUUUCUUUCUAUUUGUGAAAAUCGGGGUCGCAAGUGGAAUGGCUGAGCUACAUGUUUAGCCAUUCUUUUUUUGACAGUUCUGAAAUUUUCGACAUAUGCGUGGGCCGACCAUGAUGGACGAUUUGCGAACUUUUCAUUUCAUUUCGAAUUUCACAUCUCCCAGUUUUGGAAACAAACCAUUUUUUGACUUAUCACUCCCCGAUUAAGACAUUUUGCGAAAAUUUGGAGACACAAAACUUCGAAAAGUGGCAAAAGUUGACCGCUUCGCGACUGCGUUGCAGGCUCAUGGCCAGCCACCACACAGUUCUAAUUAUCAAGAAUUAGGUUAUCAUCGUUUAGGUAGACGUAUCGGCGACGCAGCAACAUCAAUGGGAAGAACAGUUUGUCGACGGCGAAUGGAGUACGGCCAAGGGAACUGCCGGCGGUUGUAAUAACAAUCCAGGUGAUUAUCUAGUGACUGUAAUUUAUUACAGUACCUUCAGAAACCUAUUACCUCAACCCGCAGUUCGCGUCGAGGUUCACCGUACCUGAGGACACGGUGGAACAAGACGGCAAGUGUACUGUAAUCGUGGCCGUUCUCCAAAAGUAUCGACGAGAAAUGGCCGCAACUGGGCAGGACAGCUUGGCAAUUGGUUUUGCCGUUUAUCCGGUAGGUUUUACGAAAAAUAUGACGUCAUCAAUAUGUUGAUGAGGUCAGAUUUCGAAAAAGGUAAGUAAAAUUUUCCUAGGGAGUGGUCGUGUUUGAAAGAAUGAAGAACAGUUUAUGAUUUAUGAAAAAGAAAAACCAACUUUUUCUCAAAAAAAUUUUUUUCCAUUUUUCAAAAAAAUGACGACACUUUUUUUCACUGGCCUGGCAGAAAACUUUUUAAAAAUUAACAUCUUCAAAAAUCUAAUUCGUUUUUUUCUCAUUUUUUUAAAAAGAGAAAUCAAGUUUUAGUCUCUGAAAGGUCAUCAUUUUUUUAUUUCAUAUGCAAACAAUCAAAAACUCAUUUUUUUAGCCAAAAAUUCAAACGUAAUUUCGACUUUUUUUAAACUAAUUUGACUUGUACAGUGCGACAACCAAAGAGCUCUCGACGCCAACUUCUUCCAGUCGACUCGAUCAAUUGCCAAAACCAAAGUGUUUAUCAACCUGAGAGAGGUGAACACCAUAAGUCGAUUAUUGUUUAAAAACGAAUCGAUAUCCAGGUGACUUGUCGAUUCCGUUGCCGUCCUGGGAGUUAUGUAGUCGUGCCUUGCACCUUCUCUCCGAACGAAGAUGGACAGUUCCUUCUGCGCAUUUUCGCCAACGCCAGGCUUCAGAUCAAGUUGGUUUUGAGGAAUGUUGAAAGUUCAAACAGAAAAGGUGCUAGAGGUGAAAAAAGAGCGAUUUUGCAUUGAAAUUUAAUCUAAAUGUCUAAAUCAAUGCAAAAUCGCUCUUUUAGUGAUGGAAAAAAAGUUAAAUCAAAAAUAGAAAGAAAGAGGUCAUUUUAUGUACCAACUUUCGAAAAUUGACUUACUAGGGAACGUUUUUUUAACCCUCCUAACUCAAAACCACGUCUAAUGCGAGAAAAAAACGUUCCCUAGUUUAAAAAAAUUCUGAAUUUAAAAUGAGUAUUUUUUUCAGUUCGACGGCGGCUCCAUCGGCACCAUAUACAUACUAA